GCAUCAACAAGAAAACGUAGGUAAAGAAUGACAAAAGCAAUGCUACAAUUGCAAAAUAGAACAAAGACAUCCCUUUUUCUGUAAACAAAUGAUGGAAUAGAUUCACCAAUUAUGCUUACUCAUGCGGUGUAUAAAAGAAAACUCCUCCUCCACCACCUCCUCCUCCAUUGUUACCUAAAUCACAUCACCUGUGUGUUGUUUUUUUUCCAUUUAUUUCUUUCUAUACAGUAGAGAUGCAAGCCAUACCAUCUGGCCAUCUUUCUAAUACUCUGAAUCACCAAGACUAUGUUCCUGUUGAGGGUAUACUUUGCCCUAUAUGCCAAAUAAACUGCCAUUCUUUACAGAACCUGAAUAGACAUCUCGAUAUUGAACACAAUGAGGAAGAAUCAAAAGGUGCUUUAAUGUCUUGGCUUCGCAAUGCACAAAAAAAAAUGCAGACUUCACUCAAGUCGGGCACUUCACCCCCUUCCAACGACACCAAGUUCAAGCCAUGGAUAGAACCUUCGUUUAUCCACAGUUUGUCACUGAACAACAGUCCCAGCUUUUUUGUAUCAGAUACAGAUAAGCAAAGUGAGUUUGUCACACGGGACCACUGGCAGCGUGGGACAGGCAAUGAUAAAUGUCAUAUUUCCGAAUGCCGCGAAAAGCAAGUGAGACAACACUGUCGCAAAUGUGGCAAGUUGUUUUGUGAUACACAUACACAGUAUGAAAUCAAACUUGAUCGAAUGGCACGUCAUGAUCCUCAACACGGUGUGUGGUCUAAAGUAUGUGUGGAAUGUUAUACUAGUCGACCAGGAUAUAGGGAUCAUCAGGGCACAACACGUAGUAAGACAGCCUUGUUUCUUAAGCAGAGAGAAAAGACCAUUGAUUGUGUGCAUUUGGAGAGUAACAGGCUGGAAAAGAGACUAGAGAAAUUGGCAAGGAUACAUCAAUCGACGGAUCUCCCCAAAAAACCACCCAUGUCGCACCAUAACUCUGGCUUACUCUCCCCGUCCAGUGCAUCUCUCAAUAGUCUAUCACUUGACAGAUCAGAUUCAACUUCCUCCAGAGAUAGUUUGGGUAGUAUGUUGUCCCCCAAGUCCUCUUUUGUAUCGAACAGCAACAGUAUCUUAAGCAUGAAACUAAAGUAUAGAGAUGGUGAACAAUCAGUGACAAAAUGGGAAGAUGAUCGCCUAGUAAAAGCAUGUCCAUUAUGCGAAAUACCAUUCACAUUGAUCAACCGCAAACACCAUUGUCGACUAUGUGGAAAAGUAGUGUGUGGCAAUUCAAAAUGUUCUAAAAUGAUACCUUUAUUUACAGACAUGUCUUCAGACACAUUUGAUGAUGAACCUGUGGGAGACACAAGAGCUUGUCGUGAUUGUCAACGCUAUGUCUUUAGACGCAAAUUAAGAAACGAAGAAGCAUCUAAACCUUUACCUAUCAUCCAACUCUAUAACCAACUAUCAAUCACUCGAAAGAACAUUGAAAAGCUUUUACCCAAAUUCCAUGAAACCAUUCUUAUGUUAGAAAAAGAAAACAUCACUGCUCAUACACAUGAAAGCUUCAUUAUGGCUGCCAAGAUCCGAAAAUCACUUUUGGAUAAUUUUACUUUGUAUGAUACACUAGCUAAAAGUAUCCAUACUUUACCUGUGAGAUCUCCUUGCAUGAAGCGUCUUCAAGCCAAUAUUUGCAAUGCAGCCAAUAUGUAUUUACAGCAAAACAUGUUGCCACUGCAAAUGCUACCUCGUAUUCUAAAACCAGACCAUGCAACAAAGAAAAAGACAAGUCCAGAGAGAAAAGAACUAGAGACCCAACUUCAAGCUUAUCUCGAGCAAUAUGAACUUGUUGGAGGGUUUAUUCGAGAAGCCAAUGCUGACAGAAAAUACGACGAUGUUAAGACAUUAAAGAUAAGCUUGGAAGAGCUUGAUUUAGAAAUCAAACGCUUAAAAUCACUCUUGAGUGAAUAGACCUUCUCUCUGCGUACCUGAUGUCCAGGCGUAAAUGCACUUAAACUCCGAAACGCGACUCUACCGCGUCUUAUUUAUUUUUAUUUUCUUUCUUUCUUUCUUUCUUUUUAGCGUGUAUGAUGGCAAGUCAACAAGAAGAGGUAAAUUCAAUA